UUUCUCUUUCGUUUAAGAAUCCCCUUUCUCUCUCUAAACCCCAACAGAAACACACACAGAGCUCCCUCCGAGAAUCUAAAAUUCUUCAUCUCGCGCGUGCUCCUCACUCGCUAUUUCCCUUCCAUUUUCUCCAUAAAUUUUAAAAUCAAAAUUCAGCGAUUGUUCUUUCCUGUCGAUCCGCAUUCCCUCUUUCAAUCCUCCAAGUUGAAGAAGAUAACACUGAACCUCCCAAAACGCAUCGUUGUUACUCCAAAAGGAAUCUUCUCCAUUCAAGGCGUUUCCAUUGUGGAUUUUUCAAAUGUGUAGAAGGGACUUUCGAGUUUCCGGUGACUGCCCUUCUGGUUAAUUUACGUGGUACAUUGUUAAGGUUAUGGCUCUCCAGAAAUAUGUUCCCUCCAGUGAUUCUCCUAAAGUUAAAAUGAAGCCUUUGAGUUUUUCCUCUAAGGUGCAAGAGAAAGUUCAACUUGCAAACUUGGAGACCCGUCAUUCUAAGAAGCAUGAUGUAGAUGUUGACCUCAGAGAAGUUUACUUUUUGAUUAUGCAUUUCCUUUCAACCGGCCCCUGUAAAAGAACAUGUGGAAUGUUUUUGAAUGAACUUCUUGAAAACCAACUUCUACCCAGAAGGUAUCAUGCUUGGUAUUCAAGGAAAGGGGCACAUAGUGGACAUGAAAACAAUGAUGGCAUGUCAUUUCCAUUAAGUUAUGCGCAGUUGGUGGAAAGGAAUCCUCACAUUGAAAUGGAUCACUUGGUAAAGCUUUUGAAGCAGUUGUUAUUAAGUGCACCCUCCCCAUUGGAAGGCGUAAAUGUGAGGCACACUCCAAAUGCAGUUGAUGUCCCCACUCUUUUGGGAACAGGGCCCUUUUCUCUUUUGAGCUGUAAUAGCAAUGAAGGAAAAAGUGAAGUAAAAUGCCCUCCUGUUCACAUGCGUUGGCCUCAUAUGCAUGCAGAUCAGGUUCGAGGGCUAGGUUUAAGGGAAAUUGGGGGUGGUUUCACAAGACAUCAUCGUUCACCAUCUAUUCGUGCAGCAUGUUAUGCCAUUGCAAAACCAUCAAGUAUGGUGCAGAAGAUGCAAAAUAUCAAGAGGUUACGAGGGCACCGGAAUGCUGUCUAUUGUGCAAUAUUUGAUCGAUCUGGGAGGUAUGUUAUUACUGGUUCUGAUGAUCGUCUUGUGAAAAUUUGGUCUAUGGAGACUGCGUAUUGCUUGGCCAGCUGCCGUGGACAUGAGGGUGACAUAACUGACCUGGCUGUCAGUUCCAAUAAUAUUAUGGUGGCAUCCUCCUCAAAUGACUGUAUCAUUCGUGUUUGGCGCUUGCCAGAUGGACUGCCAAUUUCAGUUUUGCGUGGACACACUGGAGCUGUUACUGCCAUUGCAUUUAGUCCUAGGCCAGGCUCUGUAUAUCAGCUUCUAUCGUCAUCUGAUGAUGGAACAUGUAGGAUAUGGGAUGCUAGGAAUGCCGAAUUCCGUCCACGGAUAUAUGUUCCAAGGCCUGCAGAUUCUGUAGCUGGAAAGAACAAUGGUUCAUCUUCAACUGCUGUUCAACAGAGCCAUCAAAUUUUUUGUUGUGCAUUCAAUGCCAAUGGAACUGUCUUUGUCACUGGUAGCUCGGACACUUUAGCUAGGGUGUGGAAUGCUUGUAAACCCAACACAGAUGAUUCAGACCAACCAAAUCAUGAGAUUGAUGUGUUAGCUGGACAUGAGAAUGAUGUCAAUUAUGUGCAGUUCAGUGGUUGUUCUGUUUCGUCAAGAUUUUUUACAGUAGACAGCUUGAAGGAAGAGAGUGUUCCAAAAUUUAGAAACUCCUGGUUUUCUCAUGAUAACAUUGUUACCUGUUCCCGUGAUGGCAGUGCAAUUAUUUGGAUUCCAAGAUCUCGUAGAUCACAUGGUAAAGUGGGCCGCUGGUCUAAAGCUUAUCAUCUUAAACUUCCACCUCCACCAAUACCUCCACAACCACCACGAGGGGGCCCGCGCCAGAGAAUUCUUCCAACUCCUCGUGGUGUAAAUAUGAUAAUUUGGAGCCUAGAUAAUCGCUUUGUCCUUGCUGCUAUCAUGGAUUGCAGAAUAUGUGUAUGGAAUGCUGCCGAUGGUAGCUUAGUACAUUCUUUGACUGGUCAUACUGAUUCUACAUAUGUUUUGGAUGUUCAUCCUUUCAACCCACGGAUUGCUAUGAGUGCUGGCUAUGAUGGUAGAACCAUUGUCUGGGAUAUAUGGGAAGGUACACCAAUUCAGAUAUAUGAAAUUUCUCGUUUCAAGUUGGUUGAUGGGAAGUUUUCAUCGGACGGGACAUCCAUUAUACUUUCAGAUGAUGUCGGUCAAUUAUACAUACUAAACACAGGCCAAGGGGAAUCUCAAAAGGAUGCCAAAUACGAUCAGUUCUUUCUUGGUGAUUAUCGACCACUUAUUCACGACACUUCUGGGUAUGCAGUUGACCAGGAAACUCAGCUUACUACAUAUAGACGGAAUAUGCAAGAUCUUCUUUGUGAUUCAGGGAUGAUACCGUAUACAGAACCCUAUCAGACCAUGUACCAGCAAAGACGGUUAGGCGCUUUGGGUAUUGAGUGGAAUCCUAAUACUUUGAAACUUGCUGUUGGGCCAGAUGUCAGUCUAGACCAGGAUUACCAAAUGAUGCCCUUGGCAGACUUAGAUGCAAUUGCUGAUCCACUGCCGGAGUUCUUAGAUGUCAUGGCUUGGGAACCAGAACAUGAAGUGCAAAGUGAUGAUAAUGAUUCAGAGUACAAUGUCACCGAAGAGUUCUCUACAGGAGGGGAGCAAGGAAGUUUAGGUUCUCCUUCUGGUGAUCAGGAGUGCAGUACAGAAGACAGUGAGAUUGAUGAUACUCAUAAAGAUGGCCUUCGUCGAUCAAAAAGGAAAAAACAGAAGGCUGAUAUUGAGAUUAUGACAUCUUCUGGGAGGCGUGUUAAACGAAGGAAUUUGGAUGAAAGUGAUGGCAACUCAUUCAGGAAUAGCCGGAAUAGGAAAUCAAUCAUUGGGCGGAAAGCUUUAUCAAGAAAGUCCUCUACAUCAAAAUCAUCGAGACCUCGAAGGGCUGCUGCGCGCAAUGCUUUGCACUUCUUUUCGAAAAUAACUGGAACAUCAACUGAUGGGGAAGAUGAAGAUGACUCUGAAGGUGAAUCAUCAGAGAGUGAAUCUAUGAUACGAGAUUCAUAUAGUGAUGAAUCUGAUAGAGCUUUGCCAGAUGAACAAAUAAAACAUUCAAAAGGAAAAGAAGUCUUUUUAGGUGAGUCAGAGGAUGUUGGUAGAAUUAAUGAACUUCCUGAAUCUUAUAAUACUGGGAAUAGGAGAAGGUUGGUCCUUAAAUUGCCCGGUCGGGAUCCAAGCAAGCUUGUGCCACCAGACAGCACAAUGCAAAGAAAAGUUGACAGGCAGGACAACUCAGUGGGCUUGUCAUGCAAGGCUUCUAAAGAAGCCACUGAAGGGGGUGUAAAGCAUAUAAGCUCAUUGGAUCUGGGGUGUUCUUCUGGUGAUGCAAAUUAUAGCAUUUUAGGUAGAGGAACAAGAGGGCAAUUUGACAAGAUGGAAGAUCAUUUAGACCUGACUGAAGGGUACAAAGAUGGGGCAAUUAAGUGGGGAGGAGUCAGGGCUCGUACUUCCAAACGUCUGAGAUUGGGUGAAACCGUGUCAUCAGAUGCAUACAUCGAGUCUAGGCUAUGUCUUGACAACCACAAAGAAAAAGAAAGUAAUGUCAAUGGAUACAUGAAACCAGAAAAGGCUUGUGCUAUUGCAUCGCCAACUACAGAAAUCCAAACUUGCAAGGAUAUGAAUGGCGAAGUGACAGUAGUGGAGAAGCAUCUUGAGAAUGACAGGGAAGUAUUAGAUGGUGCAGCUAAUGGUGAAGAGCACUCAGGUCCCAGUGAACAGAUAAGUUAUAACGACUUACCAAAAUGGUUUAACAGGUUUGCUGAGGAUACACCUGCCCCAACUGUUAAUCAGAAUGGAAAUGAUCUGCCUUCUGAGCUAAACGAGGGCCUUCUGCCUAUUUCAACAGAGUUAACAGUUAUCUCAAAAGGGACCAAAAUUUACAAUGAAAAUCCUGGACUGAAGUUGAAACCUUCAGGAGAGGGUCAUGUAAAUGGUGGGUGUGCUGCAUUAAAUGCUAGCUCCUCAGACAAGACAAAGGACUUGGUUUCAGAGGCACCCUUAGUUGAUAGAUCCAAUGAAAUUAGGUUGGAUCGUGAGGGUGAUGGGUUGCAAGAUUCAAAUGCUCAAGUUGAUAGGCCCAUGUCAAUUUUUAAUGACUCUGGGGGGCUACACCCAGAUUCUAAAAAGAUGUAUAAUGUGGUUUAUAGAAGGUCAAAGACACAGAGGGAUAGGUCCACUUCAGAAGGUGAUAGUGCCAUGGUAGAAAGCACUAGAAAUAAUUGCAACCAUAAUAUCGGUAUGGUAGCAGAUCUCCAUGAAGGCACCAUGAAUGGGGCGCAUAACAAACGGUCCAGUAGGUUGAAAGCAGGGCACAUACUUCAAUCAGAAGACAUACAAAGAAGUACCCGGGGUGGUUCUACGAAUGGGUCUCAACUUCCUGGCGAGGAAUGGGGAUCAAGUUCUAGAAUGGUGGUUGGAUCAAGGUCUACUAGAAAUAGGAGAAGUAAUUACUAUUUCCAUGACACUAGUCCGAUAAGGAAACCCCAUCAAUCAGCCAGAAACGGAUCAUGGUUAAUGUUAACAACACACGAGGAGGGCUCCCGUUAUAUUCCUCAACUAGGUGAUGAAAUUGCAUAUUUGAGACAGGGGCAUCAAGAAUACAUAGAUCAUAUUAGCUCGAAGGAAGCAGGACCUUGGACUUCAAUGAAGGGGGAAAACAUGAUAAGGGCAGUGGAAUUUUGUAGAGUUGAAGUGCUUGAAUAUUCCACAGUUCCAGGGUCUGGGGAGAGCUGCUGUAAAAUGACUCUCAGAUUUACAGACCCUUCUUCCUGCAUGUUCAAUAGAUCAUUUAAAUUGACUCUUCCUGAAGUGACUGGUUUUCCUGACUUCAUUGUGGAAAGAACUCGCUUUGAUGCUGCUAUCCAUAGAAAUUGGAGCUGCAGGGAUAAGUGCAGAGUCUGGUGGAAAAAUGAAACUGAAGAUGAUGGAAGUUGGUGGGAUGGCCGGGUUGUGGCUGUGAAGCCCAAAUCUUCUGAAUUUCCGGAUAGUCCAUGGGAAAGGUACUCUGUUCAAUACAGGAGUGAGCCCAAGGAACCACAUCUUCACAGUCCUUGGGAGCUCUUUGAUGCAGACACUCAGUGGGAGCAGCCUCAUAUUGAUAGUAAGAUCAGAGAUAAGCUACUUUCUGCCUUUGCCAAAUUGGAGCAAUCUUCCCAGAAAGUUCAGGAUCAAUAUGCAGUCUAUAAAUUGAAGCAGGUUUCACAGAAGUCUAAUUUUAAAAACAGGUUCCCUGUCCCCUUAUCGCUUGAUACUAUCCACUCUAGGUUGGAGAACAACUACUAUCGAUGUUUUGAAGCGGUGGAGCAUGAUAUUCAGGUCAUGCUGUCAAGUGCAGAAUCUUACUUUGGGAGAAAUGCAGAGCUUUCGACUAGACUUAGACGGCUAUCUGACUUCUUUGCACGGACAGUAUCAUCUUUGCAGCCCUCAUAGAUAUCCAGAGCAAUACCGUCCUAACAAGCAUCUGUGCAAAAUCUUUGUAGAUAAAUGUUUUUACUUUUAUUUUAUUCUUUCUCUUUCCCUGUUUCUCUUAGAUCCAAUUUUGGAAAUUGAUUUAUACUUCAAAUUCUUUCUGGAGAGAUAGAAGGUCUCAGGGAAAAGUAGCGGGUAGGUGUGGAAAUUAUCCACCAAAAAGGUUCAUUGUUGUAUAGACAGUUACAUCAUUUAUUAUGGAAAAUGAAAAAGAAAAAUAUGUCAACGUUGACGUAUCCAA